GCGUCUGCAUCUUAAUUUCCCUGCUGCAAAUGGCAGAGGCGACGGCUGCUUCUGGGACCUCGACGGGGCUGGCGUCGAGUCCGGUGGAGGUGGUUGCUGGAGAGAAGAAGCCAGCGACAUCGGCCAGGCGCGAUUACAAGGGAUUCGUGGCGGGAGUGUUUAGCGGGAUUGCAAAGCUGACGGUCGGCCAUCCUUUCGACACUGUCAAAGUCCGGCUUCAAACAACUCAGGCCUCGCGCUUCAGCGGCCCUCUCCAAUGCGUGCUGCAGACCAUCCGCAAUGAGGGCGUGACGGGCCUGUACAAGGGCGCCACGCCGCCUUUGGUCGGGUGGAUGUUCAUGGACUCGGUGAUGCUGGGAUCUUUAAAUGUCUACAGGCGACUCAUGGCGCAGCAUGUCUUUCAUGCGGAUUCGUGGACGCCAGGGGCUGGAUCUGGAUCUGGAUUCGGGCUUGGAAGCCUGUCGUCAUCGCUCAAGUCAUUGGGCGCAGGACGGACAUCUGGAUCUGCCUCGGCAUCAUCAGGGCCGUCGUAUCUGCCGCCGGUCGGACACGGCAUCGCGGGCAUCAUGGCCGGCGCGACCGUCAGCUUCAUCGCCGCGCCCGUGGAGCACAUCAAGGCGCGGCUGCAGAUCCAGUACGCCGCGCGCAAGGCCGAGCGCCUGUACUCGGGGCCGCUCGACUGCGUGCGCAAGAUCUACGGCCACCACGGCGUGCGCGGCGUCUACCACGGCCUGUCCGCCACGCUGCUCUUCCGGGGCUUCUUCUUCUUCUGGUGGGGCAGCUACGACGUGCUGUCGCGGGCCCUGCGCAACAACACGGGCCUGAGCAACCCGGCCAUCAACUUCUGGGCCGGCGGCCUGAGCGCGCAGGUCUUUUGGCUGACGAGCUACCCGAGCGAUCUGGUCAAGCAGCGCAUCAUGACGGAUCCCCUUGGCGGCGGGCUGGGCGAUGGCGAGCGGCGCUUCCCCAGGUGGCGCGAUGCUGCGGUGACGGUGUAUCGCGAGUCUGGGUGGAGGGGGUACUGGAGGGGAUUCUUGCCGUGCUUUUUGAGGGCAUUCCCGGCUAAUGCGAUGGCGUUGGUGGCUUUUGAGGGUGUCAUGAGGACUUUGCCGUGAAGCGUGAGAGGGGAGAGGCUGUUUGCCUUUUGACAUGUAUAUAUAUACCUACUUGAUGCCCCUUUGACUUGGCAUUGAUGAUACCUCGUUUACGUAACGUCUUGCAACUCAUGAAUGAUUGCAUAUGAACAUAUAUACAUGUAUCCAUAGACAUCACAUUUGAUAGUUUACACCGGCACCCCGAUUGAUGACAAUUGGAAACGACGAUUGAAAUCAUCACAUAGCAAUGUUAAAAGGGGGGCAAGCAAAAGUGUUUAAUGUAGGUCCACUCGAAAUGGCCGGUCAGUUUAUUCCACGACUUGGGAAAAAUCCAUCAGCACCCACACGCUGGCGACAGGCUUUUUUCACAAGCCCGCACGUGAGUAUAUAUAAUCUUUCCCAUCAGAAAAGAACAUUUUCCAGAUUGCCGUUCAAAUUAUCCCAAGUUUUCCCAUAGCUCAUUCCAUCAUUUUCCCAAAAUGGCUUUCUUUUGUUAUCCCAGUUAUCAGAGAAGAAAACCAUUUACUCGUCAUCCUCAUCAGCCUCGUCGUUGACGACGUUGAAGAACUUGAGCUCGUAAACACCGCGGGAGGUGGAGACGACACGGAGCCAGUCACGGAGCUGCUGCUUCUUGAGGAACUUCUUGGUCAGGUUACUUGAGGUAGCGGCCAG